AUGGCAAAAGGGAAUGGAGCUCCGUCGGCCGCUGAGAAGGGCAAGGGGAAAGCAGAAGAGCUAAAACCUAAGGAUAAUCCAAACAAACCUACUGAAAUGAAGAAGGAUGAAAACGGCAAGACGAUCGCAAACGGUAGCAAGGAUGAAGAGCCUGACGAGGAAGAACUCAGCGACGAAGAUCAAAAUCUAAAAAAUGAAUUAGAGAUGCUAGUAUCAAGACUGAGCGAAUCUGAUACAAGCCUCUAUAUCCCUGCCCUCGAUGCCAUCAAAGACUUUAUCAAAACUUCCACUUCAUCCAUGACUGCAGUACCGAAACCUCUCAAGUUCCUUCGACCUCACUACGAAGAUCUGGGCAAGACAUACGAAAAUUGGCCGAGCGGAAAAGCAAAAGACUCCUUCGCCGACGUGUUGUCGGUGCUUGGUAUGACACAAGGGGACGAAGAUAAAUUAGAUACCUUGAAAUACCGACUAGCGGCGCCAUCGGAAGAUCUUGGCUCAUGGGGUCAUGAGUAUGUACGGCACCUGGCGUUGGAGAUUGGCCAGGACUACCAGAGACGUAUAUCAGAUGAUUUGGAUGCCCAAGAGCUAGUAGAGUUAACGCGGACUCUUGUGCCAUACUUCCUCAGUCACAAUGCCGAAGCUGACGCAGUUGACAUGAUGAGCGAACUUGAGAUAAUACAGGAGAUCCCAAAAUAUCUCGAUGAAAACACGUAUACCAGAGUCUGCCUUUAUAUGGUCAGCAUGGUCAACCUCCUCACUUAUCCUGAUGAUCAGCAAUUUCUGCAAACAGCCCAUGAUAUCUAUAAACGGUACAACAAACUUCCUCAAGCGAUGGUGCUAGCAAUCCGUCUCAAUGAUGUCGAGCUAAUCAAGAAAGAUUUCGAGUCCACCGAAGAUGCUUCUAUGAGGCGCCAGAUGGCUCUUUUAGUUGCACGGCAGCAGAUCUGGUUGCCGUCUGAUGACAUAGAAGAUCAAGAACUCACCGAAUGUCUAAGCAAUGAGAAGAUGCCAGAGCGUUUCAAGUAUUUGGCCAAAGAACUCAAUAUACUAGAUCCUAAGACACCGGAAGACAUAUAUAAGAGUCAUCUUGAAAGCACAAGGACUGCGGGUUUGACUAAUGUGGACUCCGCGCGGCACAAUCUUGCCAGUGCCUUCGUAAAUGCAUUUACCAAUGCUGGUUUCGGCCAUGAUAAGCUAUUGCUUGACGUUGGUGAAGGUGACAAAACGAGCUGGAUUUUCAAGACCAAAGACGAUGGGCAAUUUUCAACAACGGCGUCGCUAGGCAUGCUUUUGCGGUGGGACAUCGAAAAUGGGCUGGAACAGGUGGACAAAUAUACAUAUGCAGAGGACAACCAGAUCAAAGCUGGCGCUCUUCUUGCAACAGGAAUGCUCAACUCGGCGGUUCGCAUGGACACGGAACCUGCCAUGGCUUUACUUGCGACCGAGGAGAAUCUCAAUCAUAAGGACAAACAAGUACGGGUAGCUUCAAUUAUGGGCUUGGGCUUAGCAUGUGCCGGGACGGACAAAGAUGAUCUGUUGGACCUACUACUGCCUAUUGUAGAAGAUACAUCUCUCGAGAUGCAGCUCUCGGCUAUGGCAGCUCUAUCUCUUGGUUUCAUCUUUGUAGGCUCUUCAGACCAUCGAGUGAGUGAGGCCAUAGUCACGACCCUGUUGGAUGAAGAACGACAAAAGCAGCUUAAAGAUAAGUGGACUCGCUUUAUGUUUCUAGGCUUAGCGCUUCUGUUUUUCGGUCGACAAGAAGAAGUUGAGGUCAUUCAAGAAACUUUGAAAGUUAUCGAUCAUCCCAUGGCCAAACCAGCUGGUGUGCUGGCUGAGGUGUGUGCGUAUGCGGGCACAGGGACUGUCCUCAAGUUACAGGAAUUGCUGCAUCUUUGCAACGAUCAUUUCGAAGGCGACUCAGACGAGAAGAAAGGAGACGAGCUCAUCCAGACAUACGCUGUCAUUGGACUGUCUCUCAUCGCAAUGGGCGAGGAUGUUGGCCAGGAAAUGGUUCUCCGUCAGUUCGGCCAUCUCAUGCAUUACAGCGAAGGAAAUAUCCGAAAAGCUGUACCUCUUGCGCUGGGUCUCAUCAGUCCAAGUAACCCUCAGAUGAAGGUCUACGACACGCUCUCAAGAUACAGUCACGACAACGACAACGACGUGGCAAUCAAUGCCAUAUUCGCCAUGGGCCUGCUUGGGGCGGGUACCAACAAUGCAAGAUUAGCACAGCUUUUAAGACAGCUCGCAAGCUACUACCACCGCGACCAGAAUUCGCUUUUCAUGGUGCGAAUAGCCCAGGGUCUACUGCAUAUGGGCAAGGGAACGAUGUCUAUCAACCCCUUCCACACCGACCGCCAAAUCCUCUCCCGAGUUGCCGCAGCUGGCUUGCUGACUGUGCUCGUUUCCAUGAUCGAUGCGAAGCAGUUCAUACUUGGCGAACACCACUAUCUCCUCUACUUCUUAAUCACUGCCAUGCAUCCUCGGUUUCUGGUUACUUUGGACGAAGAUCUGAAGCCCCUGCAAGUGAACGUCAGGGUAGGUCAAGCGGUCGACGUCGUUGGCCAGGCUGGCCGACCGAAAACGAUUACUGGAUGGCAGACCCAACAAACGCCAGUGCUGCUCGCUUACGGCGAGCGAGCAGAGCUGGAAGACGAGCAAUAUAUAAGUCUGGCGAGCAACCUCGAAGGGUUGGUGAUCUUAAAGAAGAAUCCGACGUGGGAGGAAGGAUGA